CUUUUAUUAACGAUGAUGAUGAUUCUGAUGAUGGCAAUCAACAAUCUCCUCAUGAGGAACCAUUAACUGAUAAGGAGAUUGAGGAGCUCAUUGCUGAGCUUUUAGAAACUGAGAGCUGCAGAGGCUCAAGAGGCUUUAGAAGAAGAGUCAAUAGCUAAAGUGGAGGCUGAUGUUAGGGCUGAGUUGGCACAAUCUCUUUCAGGAGAUGAGUUGGAAAAAGCUGUAGCUGAUGAAAUGGCAAUCUUUAAAGAAGACUGGGAAAAUGUUCUUGAUGAACUGGAGACUGAGAGUGCUCAUUUGUUGGAGCAACUGGAUGGUGCUGGUAUUGAACUCCCUAGUCUCUAUAAGUGGAUAGAGAGUCAGGCUCCUAAUGGUUGCUGCACUGAAGCAUGGAAAAACAGGACUCAGUGGGUUGGUUCUGAAUUGACAAAUGACAUCACUGGAGCAAUUGCUGAUGCUGAGAAGUAUCUUCAGAUCCACAGGCCUGUAAGAAGGCGACAUGGAAAAGUUUUGGAGGAGGGUGCCAGUGGUUUCUUGGCAAAAAAACUUGCUGGAAAUGAUGGCAGUGAGGCUCAGGGAGGGAGCAAUGAUGUAGAUUGGGGCUCUUUCAGCAAAUUAUGUUCUGAUAACUCGUCAUCAUCCAUGGGUACCAUUUCAUUUGGCAGCAAAGAUUGGGCCUCUGUUUACCUCGCUAGUACCCCACAACAAGCUGCUGAACUGGGACUAAAAUUUCUUGGAGCGGACGAGGUUGAGGAGAUUGAUGAUAUUGAAGACAGUUCUGUUGAUCCAUUUGUUGCAGAUGCCAUUGCAAAUGAAAGAGAGCUAAAUCUUUCUGAAGAGCAAAAGAGGAAGUAUAAGAAGGUUAAAGAGGAAGAUGAUCUAAAAAUUGAUCUGAAGCUUCGGAGACGUUUAAAACAAAGAAGACACAGGAACAUGCAGAAAUUGGAGGAGAUACAGGAAGAUACAACAGAUGACAUGAGCGGUUCCUUGUCUCAAGAUGUUGACUUUCACACAAAUAGGUAUUCCACUAUUGAUGAUGGGGAUGCGCCAUCAUCAAAAUGCCUACCUGAAAUUGAUUCUGAGGCCAAAGGGUUGAAACGUUUACAUAACUCUGAGGAAAUGGAGGCUCAAAGUAAAAAGCCUCGGAUCAUUACGUUAGAUAGUGAUGAGGAGGAUCUUCCUGGGGAAAAGUUAUCUCCUACAUGCAGUUUGAGUGAGACAGGAGAUCAGUCCAAUCCACAAAGGAAUGGAGAUGAUGUGCUUCCCGUUAGUUCUCUUCCGGCAUUUAAUGAGAAGCAAAAUUUUCGCUGCACGGCUUGUGAUAAAGUGGCUGUUGAACUACGUGCACAUCCUCUUUUGAAAGUUAUAGUUUGCCUGGACUGCAAAAACUCAAUGAAAGCAAAGAUGCAGGAUGUUGAUUGCUCAGAAUGCUACUGCAGAUGGUGUGGGCGUUGCAGUGAUCUCUUAAGUUGUAAAUCGUGCAAACGGUUAUUUUGUAGUGUGUGUAUAAGGAGGAACCUUGGUGAAGAAACUUUAUUGGGAAUAAAAACAUCUGGUUGGCAAUGCUGCUGUUGCUCCCCAAGUAUCCUGCAUCCAUUGAUUUCAGAGUUGGAGAAGAUCAUGGAAUCUCAGGGAUUAGUAGAUUCUAGCACAGACACAGAUUCAGAUAAUUCAGAUGCUUCAGAUGCUGAUGUCAAUGGGCAUAGAAGCACGAAGAGAAGACCAAAAAAGAAAAUUAGAAGAAUCCUUGAUGAUACUGAGUUAGGGGAGGAGACAAAAAGGAAAAUUGCAAUAGAAAAGGAACGCCAAGAACGCCUCAAAUCUCUGGGGGCAAAAUAUUCGAGUGAGACUAUGUUCAUGAAUUCUGGGGCUUGUUGCAAAACCUCGUAUGAAAGUGGUAGCUUAGAAAUGCUCGGUGAUGUUGAAACUGGUUACAUAGUUAAUGUGGUGAGGGAGGACGGGGAAGAGGCGGUGAGGAUUCCACCCAGCAUCUCAGCAAAACUGAAAGCCCACCAGGUCACCUUCUAUGCAGUUGUUCGUCUUGUGUGUGUUAAAUUCUUGCUCUCUGAAGUAGUGUACACAUUUCGCAUUGUGACAAAUAUGAUAUCUGAAUUCUUCUGAAUCCUGUGAGUAGUACUUUGAUGUGUUGCACAAAUGAGAAAGUUGACUUUCUUUUUCCCUUUCUCCUUCAUCAAUAAGAUCUGCUCUCUCAUAUCUACUUUUUCUCAUAUCCUUACAUAUAGAAGAUAGCUUCUCACUUUUGGCAUCGUACCUCGCUUAUACAUCUAUAGAUCAUGUGGCCUGCCAACAUGUCACCCUAAGGGCUCUUAGGUAUUCCGGCAUUUCUUAAGGUCGUCUUCC